CCGAAGGAGAUCCGCGACAUCAAGCAGUUCAUUGACAUCGCCCGCCGCAAGGAUGCCAAGGCUGCACGCAUAAAGAAGAUUGCCCCGCGGGUUCCUGGUGGAAAGACCAAGACCAAGUUCAAGAUUCGCUGCUCGCGCUACCUCUACACCCUCUCCCUCGACGACCCCGAGAAGGCGCAGAAACUCCAGCAGAGUUUGCCUCCAGGUCUCAAUAUCGAGGAGAUAAAGGACACGCCCAAAAAGAAGUAG